AUGACUAAAGUAGAUACCCUUGCUACUUGCAUGCCUAACUCUGUUAACAUGAAUGAUGUUCAUUUGCCGUGUGGAAGAGUAGGUUGCAUGCAAUAUGCUAUGAAUAUGAUGUCUGCAUGUUUUACCAUGUUAAAUGCAUCUUUUUCUGCAUCAUCUACUAUGAAUGUGAAUAUGCCUGUAUCUCAUGUUGCCCCUGUGGCAAAGACUACUAGUCCUUCUAAGAAGAAGGAGACUCCUAACUCCAAGUCUAAAGUCAAAAGGGAACUGGUGAGAGGACUGCCGCAGAAAGUAUUUUGUCAAGAAGGACUCUGCGAUGCAUGUGAAAAAGGAAAGUCAAAGAAAGCAUCACACAUAAGCAAAUGCAUGACUGGCAUUGGUUCACCCCUUCAACUGAUUCAUAUGGAUCUGUUUGGACCUGUCAACAUUCCUUCAAUAUUAAGGAAAAGAUAUGCUCUUGUGAUCGUCGAUGACUACUCAAAAUACAUAUGGGUAUUAUUCUUACAUACAAAGGAUGAAGCAGCACAAGUCAUCAUUGAUCAUAUCAAAAAGAUUGAGAAGGAAGCAAACUUGCCAGCAAGGGCAAUUAGGUCAGACAAUGGGACGAUUUUGUAA